CUCUCUCCCGCUCGCUCAGACUUGUCCACCAUAUCCUCCCCUCCCGAACCUUGCCGUUCGUUCCUCCCGGUCCCGCCAGAAUUCUAUCUAUCCAGAGAGCACCCUGCUUUGGCCUCCGACUAGCACAGCCUCUGCUUCGGUCUCAUCGAAGAAAGAGCUCCCCGGUUGGCGUGUCUUGGUCCUGGCCUAGCUCGGCCGGUCGUCAUGGUGAGCUACGCCCUCGCCGUGCCCAAGCCGGUCGUCGCCUUCUGCCAGCUGCUCGGCGUCAUCAGGGACGCCUUCCUGCUGAUGCUAGCCGUCGUGGGGCUCUGGCCCGUCCCGCACGGUGACGGAUCGCGCGGCCCCGCGGCCGUGCCCAAGCCCGCGGAGGUGAAGGCCCGGCUCCCCGCCGUGGCGUACGGCGAGCUCGUGGCCGAGCGGUUGCUGUCGUCGCCGCCACCGGUGGCGUCCCCGGGCGGCGAGGAGGAGGCCGCGGCGGCGCCGACGUGCAUCGUGUGCCUGGAGAAUGUGGAGGCGGGGCACGAGGUGCGGCGGCUGGGCAACUGCGCGCACGCCUUCCACCGCGGCUGCAUCGACCGGUGGAUCGACCAGGGCCGGGCGACGUGCCCGCUGUGCCGGUCCGAUCUGCUGCCGCGCCCGCGGGCCCGGGCCCGGCUGGCCAGCCUCCUCACGCGCGUUUGGUGAGAAGGCCCGCGGGUUCGGUCCUCUUGGUCUUGGAGGGCAGUUUUGUCUUUUCGACGUACGGCCGGGACUCGAUCGCCGUCGCAGCCCAGCUCUAGGUGGAGCCGCCGGAAUGGCGCGGCGCGGACAGGUUAGCGACGGCGACAUGGCCGCCGGGCGGUAUAACGGCGGCUCUGCUAUCAGCCAACCAUUAAUCAUCAAUUGGUGGGGCUUAAUUGGCAGCUGUUUAGCUCGAUCCAUCUGACAGUUGAUGAUGGUAAUCGACCUCUCGAAGGAUUAUCCGGCAACUAAUUAAUUAACUCAAUGAAUAUUGUACAUGCAUAGUGCUAUAGUAUCAUCAGCCAUAUCCAUUGUACACGGACUUCUCUCUCUCUCCACCUUCUACUAUUAUGUAUAUAUGUAUGUAAGACACGAAUAAUGUUGAUGGACCGGACAGGCGACCAGAAGGGGGUUGAAUGAGAGUCUGAAA